AUUCGAUUGUCUUUUUCAAAUGUAUCAGUUAAUCUCACACCCUUUAAAGUAAAACAACUUCUUUAACUUUACCAAAAAUGUUCAAAUUUAUUGCUGUCUUUGCUUUGGCUGCUGUUGCCUCUGCAGCUCCUGGUUUUGUUUCGGAAAGCCAUCACUCUUUUGUUCAACCUGCUGUUUUAACUAAAACUGCUUUUGUUGAUAACAGUGCUUCGUCGGCUAUUACCCAUCAAAGUUUCACCAAAUUAGAGAAAAAAGUACCAGUUGUCCAUAGCUAUGCUGCAGCUCCUGUUGUAAAAACUGUUUCUUAUGAAUCUGCUCCCGUCGUUAAAUCAGUUUCUUACUCUGCUCCAGUAGUAAAAACUGUUGCUCCAGUUGUUCACACUUAUGAAUCAGCACCUGUAGUAAAAUCAGUUUCUUACUCAGCUCCUGUUGUUAAGACUAUUGCUGCCGCUCCUGUGGUACACACCUACGAAAGUGCUCCUGUAGUUAAAUCAGUUUCCUAUGCUACUGCUCCUGUAGUUAAAACUGUAGCUGUUCACUCUGCUCCUUUAGUUAAGACUGUUGUUUCUGCUCCAGUAGCCUACUCUAGUUACCAUCAUUAAAUUUGUUAUUUUUAAAGUGUUUUUAAAUAAAAUGUGAUAUUGAAUAU